AUGUCAAAAACCACCAUUGCUAUCAUAGCAGCGACGUCUGCCUUUGCAGGCGCGUCGCUGACAGCCUUCUUGCUUCCUGGCCAUCGAAAAGAUGAGCCAAAACCAACUCCGACAUUGAAGGAAACACCAACGAUACCUGCGCAGUCAACUACUCCUCCCGCUCCUGUUCCAGUCCCUGUACCUGUACCUGUGCCAGUGGCUGUACCGGCCAAACCUCCUCCAACUGCCAUCCUCCCUCCCGUCGAUCCUUCUGGUAUCCUCCGUUAUGGAUUUCCUGGCCCAAUUGCCGACACGUUGGCCACGCCCUCUCAUCUUUCUGCCUUCAAUAGAUUUACCCGGAACCCCCAUUGGGUAGCAGAACAUUUCACAGCACAAUCUCUACUGCUAAACAACGGAUCUCGACGGAAUAGCGUCUUCUACGAGGACCUGUCAAUUCCUUCAAUGUUUCGAGCCAAACUUUCCGAUUACUUUCGCAGCGGGUAUGACCGAGGACAUCAGGUUCCGGCAGCAGACGCGAAAUGGUCACAAGAGGCAAUGGACUCCACGUUUGUCUUGAGCAAUAUGUGUCCACAAGUGGGAGAAGGUUUCAAUCGCGAUUAUUGGGCUCAUUUCGAGGAAUUCUGCCGAGACCUGGCUAAGAAGUUCCCCAGCGUACGGGUGGUGACAGGCCCUUUGUACUUGCCGAAGAAAGACGAACGGGAUGGGAAAUGGAGAGUUUCUUAUGAAGUAAUUGGCAACCCGCCGAACGUGGCCGUGCCCACUCACUUCUUUAAAGUCAUCUUCGCGGAGGAGGCUGCACUGCACCCGAACGGAUCUGUGGCGCUCGGUGCAUUUGUGUUGCCCAAUGCUGAGAUACCCAACUCCAAGAGCUUGAGCGAUUUUGAAGUUCCUCUUGAAGCGAUUGAAAGGGCCAGUGGACUGGUAUUUGCUGAGAAAUUAGCCCCUGAAAGAAGAAAACGACUCUGCAGGGAAGUCAGAUGUGAGAUAAUGGUUCGAGAAUUUGACAAGAGUCGUCAACUAGCGAACAAUAUUGGCCCGGCCCCGAGAAAUCCUCCUCAAGUUCAGCAACCCGGGGGAAAGUGGUAA